AUGAACGAGUGGACAAUAGUCAAAAAUUCGAGGUUAAAUACUUCUCGAACUAAUGAUAGCUCUUCUAAUCGUGGAAAAUCUCGUGGUCAAUUCACUAAACUAAGUACUGCUGAGACGAAGAAUUCUUCGAGAAUUCGGCAUAGCUCUUAUAAUUCUUCAAAAACUGUUUCCGUGCCGGAAUCUCGGGAAAACAUUUUCUCGCCGACCAAUAUUGUUUCACAACCUCGCGCCUCUUAUUACGCAACUAUCAGUAAAACAUCUUCAAAUGAAGAAUCAGAUUCAAGCUCCAGGUCCAACUCACCUGAUCCAGAUGCAUUACCGUCUCUUCCACCUUUUCACGUCAAUGUCUUUAUUCUGUGUCCCUUCAAGGAUUGUCCCUUAGAACAACCAAUAAUGAAUAGCACAGAGCUCUCGGAACACCUAAAAGAACAGCAUAAGCUUGUCCUUAUUAAUUUGCACCAUGUCUACAUGAUAUUGGAGCUUUACCUGGAGUAUUGGUCACAAAAGAUCACUGAUAUUGGGAUAGAGAAUACCGGAGCGAUAUUAAAUAAAGACAAUUCAUUUUAUAUUAUUGACCCUGAAAUCCUUAUUGAAGAUAAAACGUUACGCGAAAACCUGCAACUUCAGAAAUUGAAUGAAAUUCUUCGGAUCCAGUCAUAUGAGCGUGACAAGGAUGCUAAAGAAGGGAGAAAAUGCUUGUUUUGUAAGAAUACUUGUCAAAACAGGUCAAUUCUCUUUCGUCAUAUGUUUUCUGAGCACAACUUCAAUAUAGGACUUCCCGAUAACUUAGUAAACGUGAAUGAAUUUCUGGAUAUUCUCGAUCAGAAACUGACAAAGUUACAAUGCUUGUACUGCGAAAAAAUCUUUACAAGUCCAGCAGUUUUACGUAAACAUAUGCGGAAAAAAAAACAUUUCAAAAUCAACGCGAGAAAUCGAAUUUACGAUCGAUUCUAUGUCAUAAACUAUCUGGAACCGGGGAAAAAUUGGGAAAAUUACGAAAAUGAAAAAUAUGAAUCUGAUGAAGAUCGAGGCGAUAACUCGUGGGAUGAUUGGGAUGAGAUGGUUGAACCAGAGCCUACAAUGUGUCUUUUCUGUGAAAGUAUGUGCAAUUCGCCAAAGAAUGCAUGUCAACAUAUGAAGCAAAAUCAUGGAUUUGACUUAUUAGGAAUCAAACACGGAAUGGGUCUGGUUAUUUCUUAUUAA